AUGAAGCCCUUGAUACGGUCGCGUGCCGGCUUGCGGCGCGGGAGCAUGACUUGGGUUUUGCUGCUCUCCGUGUUGGUGGCUCUGUGGACGGCAGCGCUGGUAGCUGCGGCGAAGGACUACUACAAGGUGCUCGGUGUGGACAAGACGGCGUCGGACCGGGACAUCAAGCGUGCCUAUCGUAAGCGCGCACAAAAGAUCCACCCAGACAAACAUCCCGACAAGCAUGCCGAGUUUCUCGAGCUGAGCGACGCGUACCAGACGCUCAGCGACGCCGAGAUGCGCAAGAUCUACGACCGAUACGGCGUGGACGGGGUCAAGAAGCACCAAGCGCGCAAGGACAACCCCCACGCGCACGCACAGGACCCUUUCGACAUCUUCUCGCGCUUCUUCGGCGGCGGUGGCGGCGGCGGUGGAGGAGUCCGCAAGGGUCCGAACAAGGCUUUCAACGUGGACGUCGACAUCGAAGACUUCUACCGAGGCAAGACGUUUUCGCUAGAGUACCAGAGGAACGUCGUAUGCUCGCACUGCGACGGCAGCGGAGCCGAGUCGCCGGGCGACAUCCACACGUGCGAUGCGUGCGACGGGCGCGGCGUGCGCAUCGUUCGGCAGCAGAUCAUGCCCGGCUUCAUCACCAACGCCCAGAUGACGUGCGACCGGUGCGGAGGUGCGGGAUCGGUGAUCGCGCACAAGUGCUCCAAGUGCGAUGGUCAGAAAAUCGUGCAGGAGGUUGCAUCGAUCGAAGUAGAGCUGGAGCGCGGAGCCGAAAACGGCGUGGAAGUGGUGAUCGAGGGAGAGGCAGACGAGGCGCCCGACUAUGAAGCCGGCGAUGUGAUCGUCAAGAUCAGUUCCAGACGCUCGAAAGGACAAUUCCGACGAGGAGGCACCUCGCUCUACAAGACGCUACCCAUUUCGCUGUCGGAUGCUUUGCUAGGCUUCGAACGCAACCUCACGCACAUGGACGGCCGCACGGUGACGGUGAAGCGAGACGGCGUUACACAAACCGGCUUUGUGUCGGUGGUGGACAACGAGGGCAUGCCCGUGCAAGGCACUACUCUGUCCGAGGCAUCAGAUGACGAGAUGCGCGCGGGUCGCGACAUGCUGUUUGGCAAGCUCUACAUCGAGUGGCAGCUGGUUCUGCCCGAGACCGUGGACCCGGCUCUUCGAAAGGGUGAGCAUAAUGAUACUAUUUCGACGAUGACCAUCUCCCAACUUGCUGACGCUCCUUUCCGAUCGUCUUUUUUUUCGCCAGCCCUCGAAGCGGCGUCUGGUCGCACUGGCGCAGCGUCCGAAUCUGCAUCAGACACUCCUGCGCAUUCGGAGCUCUGA